UUCCCUAGUUCAUAGGGGGAUUAACCUUAAGUCAUAAACGUCAAAAUAGAACGGUUUUCAUUUAAAAACCUAUGCCAACAUCAAAGCGAAGUAAACAAUGUCGUAAUGCACCCAUACACGGGCUGUUUCGUUGAAUAAAGUACACUAACGAGGAUGUAAUGUUGGCUUCGCGUCAUUCACAUAACUUGGAGGAAUAUUUGGUUGUUCAAAUCGAUAUAUCUGAUGUGCAUUUAUUGAAGAAGUCUGGCAAAACGUCAUCGUCGAACUCAAAAUUAUGCGAUCCCAAAGUAACCGAAAUCUCGUCUGCUGCUUGCGCUCUUUUUAAUUCCUGUUGUGGAGGAUUUAUUAAGUUGAAUUUCAUUGACAAAUGUUCGAAACUCAUUUGUGAAGAACCGAAACUUAUCGACGAUAUUGGUCGAAGAAUUGAACAAAGUAUAUUAAAGUUUGCAAGCUCGAUAGAGCUGUCGAAGUUGUUUAAACUUGAGAAGGUUGAGCGACACUGGCUUUUGCUUAGUGUGAAAUCCUCGCCUCGAUUUUGUACCGUACAAUUUUUCAUGUACACGCCAUCGGAUUACCAGAUAAAUGCUAUUGAUCUUCGCAUUAGAUCGGCCGAAAUAGCUUCUUUGCUUGAGCCACAAUUGUCGGCUUAUUAUUGUGCACCCGAAUUUCCGAAACAUUUCAAAAUGUUUUCUUAUGACGAGAGAAUUUCUCGUGAUUGCCGAGAAAGUCAGACGGUUCAAUUCAAACUUUUGAAGAACGAACCUGAGAGUAACGGACGCUUUACGACGACAUUGGCAGACAGAAUCUUUAAUAAAUCGAACAAAGUUACAAACACUGUUUCAGCGUUUGCAAAUCAUGAAGGCGGGCAUAUGUACUUUGGUGUAGACGACAACACUUCAACAGUCAAAGGGCAGGAAGUCAGCGAAUCGGAGAAAGUUAAAAUCCGCGAAAAGAUCUCGCUUUUGCUUUCAAAAAUGGUAUGGCCUGUUUCACAGCCAGAACGGUUUUGGAAAAUUUCAUUUUAUCCCGUUUUCGACAGUCAGAUUCAAAAGUACAGCACCUUCAGAUACAUCAUUGUUCUGUCUGUUGCCAAAUGCCCUGGAGGUGUGCAUACGCAAGAGCCAGUAAGCUAUCAUCUGGAAAAGGGAAAGGUGUCAAGGAUUCCAUUUUCAUUGUGGAAGAAGAGGUUUAUCGAAGAUGCAAAGAAAUGUGAGGCACAUAGGUCUUGGAAUGAAAAUAGUGCAUCUCAGGCCAUUGUGGCAUUGUAUGGGACGAAAGACAUUCCUGUUAUAAAAUGGAGUUCUGCUAAAUAUGAAAAGGACUACAUGUCAAUAACACAGUACAUGGUGGAAUUGAUAAACAAUGGAUGCUGGAGGCAAAUUAACACUUUUGCUAAAGAGAUACUUGGCUUAGACAAAUACAAUGCUGAUCAGAAGCUUGCAGUUACCUUUCAAUGUACAGCCGCCGCAUAUCGACAGAAAAGAUUUAAGGAGGCAAAUAAAUACUUGGAAUCCUACCAUUCUUUAGUCAAAGAUGCAAAGAAUCUCACCAUCUUUGAUGUGUAUGGGUUAUAUUCGUUGUCAGCAAUUAAACGAUCGGAAAAAGACUACGAAGCCAGCUACGGAUACACAUUUCAGGCUCUUCAAAAGAUGCAGCUCAUACAACCAGGUUUUAUCACUGCUUGGUACCUCUGUAAUGCUGCAUUUCUUCUGACGAUUUUUGCAGGUGAGGAAUCUGACCCUAAAAAAAAGGAUAACCUCAUUGAGCAGGCAAAGGGUUUUUAUGAACAGGCUCUGGUACAUAACCAAGCAAUCAUUGCCUACCCAAAGGCAGCCGCCAAUUUGCACCAUCGUGUUCAUAUCAACUUGGCUAUGCUUUGCAUGGAUUCAUCUCCAAGCAAAGCUGUGAUUAACGUAAAUCAGGACAUGCCUCUUUGCAAAAUCCAAAUGGCCCGUGAUAGUUUGCACGCAGCAGAGAAUUUCGAAGGCCCGCCAAUGACUGGUUUCAACGAGUUUCAUUUUCUGCUAGCCAAAUCAGAUCUUGCUCUGCGAUGUUACGAACGCGAUCCAGUAGAAGGAAGAGGGUAUUUGUCCGAAGCCAUUACGAAUGCCAAGCGUGCGUAUGAAGUCGCCAAUGAUAAAGCAUUUGCUGAAGUGCAGCACUAUGCUGAAACCAGAAUUGUACUCUUUGAAAGCAUGCUUCCGAAUGAACCAGAUGAUUCAGAGUUGAUGGAUGAUUUGCUGCAAAAUUUGAUGAGUGAAAACUAAGUGUCGAUCAAUCUCCCUGCUCCCUCUACCCCCACCCCCCGGCCUUACAGCAUGCCUCGACCAUCUAUAAUCUGGUGCUUUUCCAGAUAUUCGUCAAAGUGUCUAUCAUUGAACUUGACUUGUAGCAAGAAAUAUGGCUUUUUGUGAUAAACAGCAAUGUUCAUCAACCGUGAUCUUCUUUUAAACCAUUCAACGUUGAAUGAUGCACACAACACUCUUGGUUCGAUUGGAACGGAUCUGCCAAAAGUUCAGUUCAAGUUUCCUUCUACUGCUCUUUUAAACGAUUUUGUUUCGGUGGAACUUUGUCUUUUUACCGCAACUAAAUGUUCAUUAAAAUAUUUCGACCCGUUACUCAUUAUGGCUCACUAGUUUCAAUUCAUUUAACUCAUGUGUUUGGUAAACCUCUUAUACGUAACACGUUUUGUAAAUAUAAUGUAUAGAUAUAUUUUAAUUCAUAGAGAAUUAUCGUUGUUAUGUAGCAUAUAGGAUGUAGUAUUGUUCUUUGUAAAUGAAAGCCGUCUUAUUACCUUAUACUAAGGAAAGCUCUGAAAAAUGGAGCCUAGAAAAUUAACACGAAUUUCUUCCAUCAGCAUGAAGCCAAACAAACCUGUAUAAACUAUAUUUGGUUAUCCGUUGUGACGUUAAUUGUCUGUAGUUUUACGGUGAAUAAAAAAAUUACAUUACUUUGCUAUCAA